AAGUGACAGCUGCGACACUCGUUUCACUGUUACAGGUUACUGUCAGUUCCAUAAUUUCGAGGAGAAUAUUCGUGGCUAACCUAAACCUGGAUAAAAAUAUCGAAAUUUAUUUGAAACUAUGGAACUCACCGAAAAAAUCUUGCAUUACUUGGAGAAAAGUGGUAAAGCGGACACAUUAACGUUAGCUACUGAAUUCAAUGAGGACCAUCAGAAAGUUGUGGGCGCUGUUAAGAGUUUGGAGGCUCUAGAAAUGGUUGUUUCUGAAGCUACGAAGAGUACGAGAUGGGAACUGACUGGGGAGGGUCAGCUGGUCUCUGAUAAGGGUAGCCACGAAGCUGUGCUGUACAACAGUAUCCCUGAGAAUGGCAUGCCACAAGCAGAAGUUAUGAAGACUGUCCCAAAUGCAAAGGUGGGCUUCAGUAAGGCAAUGUCUGCUGGCUGGAUAUUCAUAGACAAAUCAGGUGGAGCACCACUAGUCAAGCGUAAAGUAGAAAGUAUAACUGACACUGUUCAAGAUCAUUUAAAUGAAAUAAAGAAAGGAAUAGACAAUAUCCCAGAUAAUGUCCGUAAUGACUAUAAGAAGAGAAAACUUCUACAAGAGGUUACUGUAAAAAGCUUCCUGUUGUCAAAAGGUCCUCAGUUUGCAACAACUAUAAAAAAGCUUGAGACUGACUUAACUAGUGAAAUGUUGUUGACUGGUGCCUGGAAAACACUGCAGUUCAAGCCAUACAAUUUUGAUGCUUUAGGUCAGCCACCAGAAUGCGGUCAUUUGCAUCCACUCCUCAAGGUUCGCUCGGAAUUCCGCGAGAUCUUCUUAGAAUUGGGCUUCACGGAGAUGCCUACUAACCAGUACAUCGAGAGCUCCUUCUGGAAUUUCGAUGCUCUGUUCCAACCUCAACAGCAUCCGGCGAGAGAUGCCCAUGACACCUUCUUUAUGUCCUCACCGAACGCCACCAAAGACUUCCCAAUGGACUACUUGGAGAGGGUUAAGAAAGUUCACAGUAAAGGUGGCUAUGGAUCACAGGGCUACAGAUAUGACUGGAAGAUAGAAGAAGCCCAAAAGAAUUUGCUACGUACACACACAACUGCCGUCAGUGCUCGGAUGCUGUACAAACUGGCACAGCAAAAGGAAUUUGUGCCCCAAAAAUACUUCAGCAUUGAUAAGGUGUUCCGAAACGAGACUUUGGAUGCGACACACUUGGCGGAGUUCCACCAGGUGGAAGGUGUGAUCGCAAACCGCGGGCUGGGCCUGGCUGACCUUAUCAGUGUCCUCGAUGCCUUCUUCAAGCGCCUGGGCUUCGACAAGCUGCAGUUCAAGCCCGCCUACAACCCUUACACCGAACCCAGCAUGGAGAUCUUUGCUUUCCACAAUGGACUCGACAAAUGGAUUGAAAUCGGAAAUUCUGGUGUGUUCAGACCUGAGAUGUUGUUACCUAUGGGUCUGCCAGAAGAUGUGAAUGUCAUCGCGUGGGGUCUUUCGCUAGAACGACCAACUAUGAUUAAAUAUGGACUCAACAAUAUAAGAGACUUGGUAGGGCCCAAAGUUGACCUGCAGAUGGUACAAAGUAAUCCCAUUUGUAGGCUUGAUAAGUAAAUAUUUGUAAAUUUCGAAUGCAUAAAUAAAAUUUAUGGAAUGUG